AUGCGGUGUCAAUUUUCUCUCGCUGCGGUGGCCGCUUUGACAGGCGCAGUGUCUGGUGCAGUUGUUCCUGUUGCAGAAGUUCGUGCCGGUGCAGGUGGAGUUGUGGAAGCACACAGAAUAAGUGUACCGCCAUGGUUUUUGAGUCUGGCAGCUGAGCUUGACGCGAUAGCACCUACAGAGACUAGCUCUUUUCUUGCGCCAUCUAGCGACAUCAAUCCGGACAGUUCAUCCCCAUUGCCAACACCAAUUGAAUCAUCCCCACCUGUUCAAUCAUCUCCACCCGUCGAGUCCGCUGCACCUGUUCAAUCGCUUCCACCGGUUCAGUCACCUCCACCAGCUCCAGCAAGCUCAUCUGAGCCUGCAACCUCAAGCAGCUCCACCGAAAUUGCCCACCCGAGUAGUGCUGGCCCUACAACCCCUGCCAGUCCAUCGGCUGCUCCCACGGUGAAGACAUGUCCCGGACCUGCACAGCAGUCGACCGAUGUAUACUGGCUUCAUGCUCAGGAUCAUAAUGGACAAGGUGCGGGAUACGCCCCAUUCACUAAUGAUCCCAAGCGGUAUCCUGUAUUCCGGAAUGCCAUGGAUUACUCUGUUGUCAACGACGGCUCUGGCGACCAGACACCGAGAUUGCAAAAGGCAAUUGAUGACGAUGGGAAUGGAGGCAGUCGCAAGGGACGGGGUGUCACUCGCAAUCCAGCCGAAGUCUUCCUUCCCGGCGGUACCUAUCAACUUGGCAGCACGCUCACUCUCACUGUGGGCACUAUCAUUGUUGGCGAUCCAAACAACCCACCUAUCAUCAAGGCUGGGCCUAACUUCCAAGGCGAGUUCCUUAUUAUGGGCUAUGAUAAGAUGAACGGCAAUCCGGAGACCAGCUUUAUGAUGCUGGUCAAAAAUGUUAUCCUUGAUACCACUGCAGUAUCGCCGGGUCAAUCGAUUACUGCGUUGCAAUGGGGAGUGGCUCAGGGUGCUGGUUUAACCAAUAUCCAAGUCCACAUGCCGACUGGGCCGAGUCGACACACGGGUAUCAAUAUUGUGGCCGGCUCAACGAUUGCAGUGACGGAUGUGACUAUCAUUGGUGGCGCGACCGGCAUAAUCAACUCAAACCAGCAAGUCAACUUCAAGAAUGUUCACUUUAUCGGCUGUGGCACUGCAUUCGAAGCCUCUGGUGGAUGGACGGUGCUCUUGCAAGGAGCCGUCUUCGAAUCAUGCGGUACGGGUGUCAACAUGACGACGAAUGCUCUUGGUAGCUUGGUCAUCCUGGACUCGAUAUCCACAAAUUCUGGACCCUUGAUUCGAUUCUAUGACUCCUCGCAUGACGCUGGCCACCAGAACAGUCAGUUCCUCAUUCAGAAUCUUGAGUAUAACUCCAAGGAGCCAAUCGCAGUCGAUACCAAUGGCCACACCCGUUUAGAGGCCACGGCACAUGUCGACACUUGGGUCUGGGGAACUAUGGUACCUGGAGCGUAUGCGCCCGGAGGAGCGUGGAAUACUCACAGGUCUCCCCAGCUGCUUGUCGAUGGGAGGUACUUCACCAAGGCUCAACCUACCUAUGCUGGAUUUAGUGGUCAGGAUAUUGUCAACGUGAAGACUGUUCCCGGGCAUGUAGUCAAGGGCGAUGGAGUCACUGACGAUACCGUGGCGCUCAAUGCGAUCUUGGCUCAAAAUGCCGCAAACUGCAAGAUCACCUACAUUCCUUUCGGAGUUUACAGAGUCUCAGACACAUUACUUAUUCCGGUCGGGUCUCGGAUCGUUGGUGAGGUAUGGUCUGUUAUCUCUGGAUACGGCGAUUCCUUCAGAAAUCCAAACAAUCCUAGAGCAGUCAUCCGAGUUGGUAAUCCUGGAGACGUGGGUACCAUCGAGAUCCAGGAUAUGAGAUUCUCCGUCGCCGAGGUUCUACCCGGCGCAAAGGUGGUUGAAAUCAAUGCAGCCGGUCAGCAACCUGGAGACGUAGGACUCUGGAACACUAUGGUCACGGUUGGAGGCACUGCUGAAACAAGCAUAUCCACCACGUGCACGUCGCAAGAUCCCAAGGAUUGCAUGGCUGCCUACAUGGUAAUGCAUCUUACUGAAACCUCCUCUGCAUACAUUGAGAACUUCUGGGGGUGGACGGCAGAUCAUAACUUGGACAGCAAGUCCCUUUUCACCAUCAUCUCCACUGGCCGUGGCAUUCUCGUUGAGUCGACCAAGGGGACUUGGCUCACCGGAACGGGCUCCGAGCACCAUUGGCUCUAUAACUACAACUUCCACAAGGCAUCAAACGUCUUCGCAGGCUUGCUCCAAAGCGAGUCGCCAUAUAUACAAGGAUCGGGCGAGUUCGAGAAAGCACCAGCUCCUUGGACCGUUGAUCCUGAGAUUGGUGACCCCGAUUUUUCAUGGUGUGGACCAAACGAUGAUAAAUGCCGAACAGCUUUAGCAACCAAUGUGGAUGGAGGAUCGAAUAUCGCUUUGUACAAUUCAGCCGCAUGGGCCUUCUUCGACGGCUCUUGGAACGGUCUGUAUAAUGAGCCUUGCCAGGGCAAGUGUCAAGCAAAUAUGAUGCGAGUGACAGGUGCUCCGCAGAAUCUCAUUUGGUAUUCGAUAAGCACGCGCAUGACGGAGGUCAUUGUGUUGGAUGGAAAGACUAAUCCGCGGGAGGAUAAUCAUGCUGGGGGAUGGGAAGGUAUAAUUCAGGCUUAUGGUGAAUUUGCCGGUUAG